AUGCCUACUAACAGUAGUGGCUUUUUCGCGUCCCGACAGGCGUGCUACGCGGUGAUCGUGCUUCUCGCCGCCGUGCUCGCGAGCGGCAGUGUCGCUGUCGCAGCCCCUCGAAAGGAAGCAGCCCAGAGCUAUCGAUGCAGCGCAAAUCCCGCGGUGGCGUCGGUGACUCCCAAGUACGCGAACCGGUUCUUCCGGCUGAUCAGCACCCUCUUUGACGCGGCGACGGGGAACGUCGCAACCGACCUUUUCGCCGGUCGCAACUGGGUCGAGGAUUCGCGCCUCGCGCCGGUUCUCGCGCUGCGCUCCGAAGGCAAAUGCAAGUCAUCAUGGGCCAUCACAGCAGUGAGCGCAGUGGAAAUGGCGUACGCGUUAGUAGCUGCCUCGACGCCCUCCAUGGAUCCCCCCCAGCGCAUAUCAGUACAGCAGGUACUGGACUGCAGGAACAGCAGCAGCACCUGUGCCGCGGGCGGGUGGCCCACGGCAGCGCUGGACUACAUGGUGGAUGCAACAACGCAGUGGGGGGGGCUCGCAUGUGAGGCUGGGUACGCGUACUCGCAGAAGGACGGCAAAUGCAACCGGGGAAAGGCGAAGCAGCAGGCGACGGCCAUGGGCAUCACGGGGUACGACCAGGUGGACUUCUACGGCUGGCUCGGCCUGCUGCUCGCUGUCAACGUUCAACCCACCAUUGCAUUCGUGCGAGGCUCCUACCCCUCCUUUCAAACCUACACAAAUGGCAUAUACUGGGACCAGGGGUGUGCAGCAGCGGGGGUGGUGGAUCACAGCGUGGUGGUGAUGGGCUACAGCAUCUCCUCAGACGGGGCUUACUGGAUCAUCCGCAACUCCUGGGGAAGCAAGUGGGGCAUGCAGGGCUACAUGCAAAUGGCCUUUGGGGGAGGCACGGGUAUCUGUGGCAUUCACUCGGUGCCAGCCAUCUACCCCGUUAUUAAGACGCCCUCGCCGUGCCUGUCACCGCAGAACCCAUGUGGGGGAGGCACAUGCGAGGACGCAGGGAACGGUGACUACACAUGCACAUGCCUGGAUCCGCUCUUCAUUGCCGUUGCUGACAAGGGCGGCGACCAGACGUGUGUGUUCGCUGACGUGUGCAGCAUGCAGGACGACAAUCCGUGUGCGGUCGGCACGUGCAUCAACGACAAUGCGGGCGGCUUCUUUUGUCUCUGUCCGACGGGAUUCGAACAGGGGUACCGGCCCAACGGCGCUCACACAUGCGUCCCAACCAUCUACCCCAGCUACACCGUCUCCUUCCCGAUAGACAUUGACUGCCCGCUCGUCUACCAGCUCUACGGCCUCACAGAAGAGGCCUUCCUCGCUCAGAACCUGCAGCUGAAUAUGGAGCACUGCUACACCAUCCCGGCCAACACGCAAGUGAGCGUGGCGCCGCCCCUCAUGGGGGCAGUGCACUGUGUGCUAUACUACUCGUGGACUUCCCAGGACACGUGUGAAUGCGUGGCCGACAAUUUCUGGCUGACAGUGGACGAUCUGCUGGCGCUCAACCCGGGGAUCAAUUGCACAGAUAGCACCGUUUGGAACGCUCCAUGCGUGAACCAGCAGCUGUGUGUGGCGAAGGGCAGCGGUGGAAGCGACCUACCCAAGCUGCCCAUGUGCACGAAUUGGUACACGGUGCAGUCGGGGGAUACGUGUGAGAGCAUCAUGAAGGAUUACGCCCUCAACCAAACCGCCUUCUUCUCACUCAACCCGGGGGUGGGCUGCGACAGCCUCUUCCCCUCCGUCGGGGGCGGUGCCUUCGGCUGGAGUGGCGACGGCGUGCAGGUGUGUGUGGAUGCCUACCUCGCGGAUCCAUCCAGUCCGCUCAAACCUCGCUCAGUCCGCGAGCUUCCCUCCACUUCCCCGCUCCUCCCCUCCUCUCUCUCCUCUCCAUCCUCCUCCUUCUCUCCCUCAUCCUCUUCGUUCCCAACACGAGGGAGAUUGCUCGGCCUUAGCACCACCUCCCACCCAUCACCAGCCUCCAUGCCUCGCCUCCCAACCCUCAUCCCGUCUCACGCCGACCAACCAAUGAGAGGCCGCCAGCUGGCGGUGACGAAGCGGCGGUGCCUGGCGUUCUACUCGGUGACGCGGGGGGACUUCUGUGCGCGCAUCAUAUCGCUCAAGUUCCAGAACAGUGCGCGGAAGAUGGCGGAGCUGAACAACGGAUACGUGUGCAACAAUGACCGGCUCUACGUGGGGCUGUCGCUUUGCACGCGGAGGUAG